AUGUACCAUAUCUUUGAUAAACUCGAAUCAGAUAGUAUGCCUUUACUAGGUCCAAAUGUGAAAGCAUUAAAAUUCUGGGGAUUAAUAUUACCAAAGGCAAAAUUACAAAGAAAUUUCUAUUUACUAAUGCAUUUAUCCGUUACAAUUUUUACAGCAACCGAAUACGUUGAUAUUUGGUUUAUAAAAUCCGAUAUAAAUCUAUUAUUGAAUAAUCUUAAAAUAACAAUGUUGGCGACAGUAAGUGUAACAAAAGUGAUGACAUUUUUAUUCUGGCAGAAACAUUGGAAGAAUUUAAUUCAAUACGUGAACAACGCCGAUUUAUCACAUCGAAUUAGUGAUAAUAAUAUUAAGAAAAUAACUAUAGAUAAAUAUACAAAAUACUGUCGCAGAAUAACAUAUUUAUAUUGGGCUCUUAUGUACACUACUGUUAUUAUAGUUAUGGCAUUACCGAUAUAUAAAUAUGCAGCAUUACCAACAUAUAGAGAACUUGUCGAAAAUGGUACAGCAUCGUACAUGCAAGUUGUUAGUUCAUGGGUACCUUUUAAUAAAAAUACAAUCCCUGGUCAUAUAACAGCUUCGGUAAUACAAAGUUUUGCUUCUAUUUACGGUGGUGGUUGGAUAACAUCGUUUGAUACGAAUGCAAUGGUAAUUAUGGUAUUCUUCAAAGGUGAAUUGGAAUUAUUGAAGAUAGAUUGUGCUGAUAUAUUUGGUACGGAAUCAAAUCCAGUAUCUGAUAGUAUUGCUUGUAUUCGUCUACGUAAUUGUUAUAAACGGCAUGUUGAAUUGAUGAAAUACACUCGCCUGUUUGAUACGUGUCUAUCUCCAAUAAUGUUACUCUACAUGUUUGUUUGUUCUAUAAUGCUUUGCGCUACAGCUUAUCAAAUUACAGUGGAGACGAGCGCGAUGCAACGCUUCCUAACUACGGAAUAUUUAAUAUUUGGAGUUGUUCAGUUAUUUAUUUACUGUUGGCACAGUAACGACCUCUUUUAUGCGAGCAGGCAAGUAAUGAAUGGACCAUAUAACAGUAUUUGGUGGAACAGAAACAAACAUUGUAAAAAGGACAUACAAAUAUUGAUUGGUCAGUUCAAUAGAACUAUAGUUUUCUCCGCUGGACCAUUCACUAAUUUAACUGUGGCCACAUUUAUAAAUAUAUUAAAAGGAGCGUACAGUUAUUAUACUUUAUUACGACAAUCUCAAGAAACUGCUUUCAACAAAUAG